UUCUUUGUCAUCCACGCAUCUCCCUCUCUCUCUUGGUUUGGCUUUGCCAAGUCAGCAUUCAAACAUCUCAAAGCUAAACGCAUUUACAAAUUUUCCCAAAGCAAUUCCUUCAGCCAAAGGAGAAAUAAAUAAAUAAAAUUAACAAAAACAUUCAGUCUAUCUCUCUUUCUCUUUCUGUUCCGAGGAGACAUUACUAUCGUCAGAUUCUCGUUUGAUACGUUGUGGGAGAUCGAUCUAGAUACUAUACUUCGCCAUGAAUCCUGAGUAUGACUAUCUGUUCAAGCUUUUGCUUAUCGGUGAUUCUGGUGUCGGAAAAUCGUGCUUGCUUCUAAGAUUUGCUGAUGAUUCUUACCUUGAUAGCUAUAUCAGUACCAUUGGUGUUGAUUUUAAAAUCCGCACAGUCGAACAGGACGGAAAGACAAUCAAACUCCAGAUCUGGGACACGGCAGGUCAAGAACGUUUCAGGACAAUUACCAGCAGCUACUACAGAGGAGCUCAUGGAAUCAUUGUCACCUAUGAUGUCACUGACCAAGAGAGCUUCAACAACGUCAAGCAAUGGCUCAAUGAAAUCGACCGUUACGCUAGUGAGAAUGUGAACAAGCUACUGGUUGGAAACAAAAACGAUCUGACAUCACAAAAGGUUGUUUCCACUGAGACAGCUCAGGCUUUUGCAGAUGAACUCGGGAUCCCUUUCUUGGAAACAAGUGCUAAAAAUGCAACCAAUGUUGAAGAAGCUUUCAUGGCCAUGACUGCUGCUAUUAAGACCAGAAUGGCUAGCCAACCAUCUGGAGGUGCAAAGCCACCGACGGUCCAGAUUCGCGGACAGCCAGUGAACCAGCAGUCAGGCUGUUGCUCAUCUUGAUUCCAUUUGUCUCAAAAGGUCUCUUUGGAUCAUUAUAAUCAUUUGUUUGCAUCGCAUGUAAUCCAAUUGCCAACUCGUUCAACUGAAUCCUUCUUUUUCCUUCAUUUUAUAGCUUUGCUAUUAUUUUCUCAUGUAUUUCGAAGUUUGAAACUCUCAUACAUUCUAUAGUAAAUUCUAUUUCCUCCAUUCCUAUA